ACAGUUCAGCUACCUUGCUACUGAACCGGUUUGUGUUGUGAUUAUUCUGUCCCAGUAUGUGAAUGUUGCUACUUGAAUUACUUAUUGUCUUAACACAGCACAUAUUUUCAUGGCUCUCAUUUUCCUGACAGUGUGGUGGGUCAGUUAAUUUAAUUACGAAGGUGUCUUGAGGGCUUGAUGCUGUCUGUCCCUGUCUUGCCCUGUGCCAAGUGUCAGUAUGGAUGAAGAAACCCUUGAGGCAGCCAUCUCUACCUAUGGUGCCCAGUUGCAGCAGGUAGAGACAGCCUUGUCAGCUGGUCUAGACCCCUCCCAGCAGUCAGACCUGCUCAAACUGAAAGAGGACCUUUGUCAGCUGAUAGAGCUUACAGAGGCCAGCCUGGUAUCCGUGAAAAAGAGUCGGCUUCUGGCCAGCCUCGAGGACAGUAAUGGUCUGCAGUCAAACAGUUCAGAGGCAGCAGCUAACACAAACAGUAAAAACAAUAAUUUGGAUACUGAGUUCACUGCUUUCUACUCUGAACUUGGGGAGUCUUCGGGUAGUAGCUCUGAUACUAGAGAGAAAGACAGGGAAGAAGAAGGAGUGAUAGAGGGUGGUGAAGAGGAGGAGGAAGAAGAAGAAGAUGCGCUCAGUGGUAUGAAAGUAAGAGCGCCCUACAGGACUACAUGGGGGACACUGGAGUAUCACAAUGCCAUGGUGGUGGGGGCAGAACCGCCAGAUGGAGAAGAGGCUCAAGUAAGAGUGCUCUAUGUGUACCCCACCCAGAAGGCAAUGAAACCCUGUCCAUUCUACCUAGAGGACAAAUGUCGCUUCCCAGACAAUUGCAGGUUUUCUCAUGGUGAAGUGGUGUAUGUGUCGGAGCUCAGAGAGUUCCUUGAGUGUGACCUCAGUAACCUUGAAGAAGGCUCAUCCUGUUUGGCUAAACAUGAGGAUGGUAUCUGGUAUCCAGCCAAAAUCAAAGAAAUCGACAGUGGUUUCUACACUGUGAAGUUUGACUCACUGCUGCUGAAAGAUGUUGUUGUUGAGGCCGACAGCGUGAUCCCGCCUUUGAGAGAAGACGACCCGCUGUCCUCUGACUCUGACCUGGAUGACAUGGAUGGAGACGAUGUGACUUAUGCAAAAGUUAUGGACUCUGCUGUAGACCCCACAGUAACAUUAAACAUUUCAAAUUUUGGUGGCUGGGAGGCACAUACCAGAGGCAUUGGAUCCAAGCUUAUGCUCAAAAUGGGUUAUGAGUAUGGGAAAGGCUUAGGUAAGAUGCAGGAGGGUCGAGUAGAGCCUGUCAUGGCAGUGGUCCUACCCAAAGUUAAGUCUCUGGACCAGUGUGCUGAGCUCACCGUGAGACGCACCCAGAGCAAAGCUGCAAAAGAUGGCACACAGUCAAGUGGGCCAAAGAGACGCAGAAAGCCUCGAAUCGCCACCAGAGGGAACCAUACUGUCUUUGACUUUCUUAAUCACAAGCUUGGAGGCAAAAGUACUGAUCCUGCUGAGGGGGGUGCUGCUGCGCCGUCAGCAGCAACUGGCUUGGAAGCCUAUAGAGGAGGAAAAGGCACCAAGAGGAGUCUGAAUGUGAAGCUGUUCCAGGCUGCUGAGAGGGUGUCCCAGACUGAAAGGGAGAUCCAGAAACUGAGUGAGUCACUCAGCAGACAAACAGGAAGGGAUACAUCCAGAGUGAAGCAGCUGGAAGAGAAACUGUCAGCGGCCCGCCGACUGCUGGCCCAGCAGAAAGCCCAGGAGCUGUCCAUCCAGAGAGCGCACAAGAAGGCUGACACACACAAGAAGAUGACUGAGUUCUAAGCUCAGUUCCCUCAAAGACUUGAAGGAUAAAGGGAGUCACUGCUUUCCUGAAACAAACUUUUGUCCCUCGCCUAUUGUCACUUAUUUGCUACACUAUUUUUUAAAGAUAUUUUUUAGCAUCAUUUCUCACUGCCAUCGUGGAUUUGCACCGGUGGUAGUGCCCACUUUAUGCAUAACUGAUCACUUGCUGAAGAUCAUUUCUGCAUCUUGUUUUCAGGAUAGAGUGGUUUAUUUUGUGUGAGCAGUUGUUUGGUUUCAGAUUGUACAGUUCACAAUGGUGUUACAAGCAAUUUUAUUUGUAAUGACUAUUUUGUCUCAUUUUCUCUUGAUCAGUACUAAAAAUAAUGUUUGAAGAACA